AUGGGGAAUUUACCCAGCAAUUCAAGUAGACCUCACCAGAAGCAUUCACCAGUUAUGUCUCAAAACAUUAAAGAUGUGUCAAUGAUUGACAUCAAUGAAGCUUUAAACGACAACCAAGGAGAUGCAUCUUCUCCCACGGAUGAUCCAUCAAGUAAUUCCACAAAUAUAACACAAUCGAUGUCACAAAUGAAUAUAGAUGAUGGCAGUUCUUUGGCCCCACCUUUAAGUUCAAGGAAGUCAACAUUAAUAUUUAACGACGACUUUGAUGAACUUUCGAACAGCCAUAAACAUAUUGAACAUCAGAUCAACUCCGAUGAUGGAGGGGUCAUAACUGGGAAUGAUGAUGAAGAUGAUGAUCAAGCUGAGGAAGUCGAAGUGGUUGAUAAUAUCAUGGUUGGCCAAUCUGAUGGCUCAGGUUCUUCACUGUCUGCAACAUCUACCACGCCCAAUAUUGAUCAGGAGGAGGGCAAUCGUCAAAGUUCUUCAUACUCAGGUAACACGCAGGCUCCUCUUGAAAAUAAAACCCAAGGAGUUUCAUAUCGUAAUGUUAAUCAGUCGCAAAGCCCAGUUACAAACAAUUCUAAAUCCCAAGGUCCCCAAGACCACAGGCCAGUUAUGGUACCAGUGGAAAUUGUUUGGAAACAAGGUGGUUCUAAAGUCUAUGUUACAGGGUCUUUUACCAGUUGGCGUAAAAUGAUUGGUCUUGUUCCUGUUAAUGGCAAACCUGGCGUUUACCAUAUCAAGUUACAAUUACCUCCUGGUACUCAUAGGUUCAGAUUUAUUGUAGAUAAUGAACUUCGUUUCAGCGACUUUUUGCCAACUGCCACAGACCAAAUGGGAAAUUUUGUUAACUACCUUGAAAUUGUUCCUCCCGUAGCUAACCAAGAAAUGACUAAUUACGAUAUUGAUGCCCAGAAUCAAAAUAAUCAACAAAGUCAAUUCGAUCAACAGCAAUCUUCCUUAAACAAUGCCACUUCGCCAUUACAACCUUUGCAAAGCCAAUCUCCUCAGCCUCUUCUGGGACGAAAACCAUCCCAGAGUAAGGAUGGAAAACUAAGCGCUAGAUCGCAACUUGCUCUACAUAUCGAAGAGGACCCAGAUGACAUGGGUAACGGCUAUACUCGUUUUAGAGAAGAACAGCAAUUAAAACAAGAAUACGAAUAUACCCAAGAUAUUCCUGCUGUAUUCACAGAUCCCUCUGUCAUGGAACAAUAUUAUCUGACUCUAGAUCAGCAGCAAAAUAAUCAACAGAAUAUGUCUUGGUUAACUCCACCACAACUUCCUCCACAAUUAGAAAAUGUUAUUCUUAAUAAUUACAACAAAAAUGCAGAAUCAGGCAGUGAGAAUAAUUCUGGAGCGUUACCCAUUCCAAAUCAUGUUGUUCUUAAUCAUCUAGCGACAUCUUCUAUCAAACACAAUACCUUAUGUGUAGCAAGUAUCGUUAGGUACAAGAGGAAAUAUGCUACUCAAAUCCUUUAUGCACCACUUCAGUAG